UGGCCGCAGGAUUGAAUCUACUGUAAAUAAUCAAUGAGGAAGAUCAUCUUUCUGUAUAAAGUAUGUCUUUAUUUACGUCUUUUCAUCAGUUUUUACGUCUGUUGGUCUUUCAUACAUGUAUGUGUCAUUAUAAUAAAGCAAAAGGCAGAAAUAUGAGUAAAACGCCGAACGCUGUUGGGAAGUUGUAAACUUCAGCAGGUGCGUUUGUCUCCCGGGUCUCAUUUAAAUAUUAAAGGCAUUAUGUUAACUUUAUGAACCAUCCACACUAACACAUUCAGAUCACAAUGAGUACAGUCGGAGAAAACCAGCUUCAGAGGAUCAUCAGAGAUCUGCAUGAUGCAGUUUCUGAGCUGAGCAAGGAGCAUUGUGACACCGAAGAGCCCAUCACCGAUGACAGCUCCAGCCUUCACAAGUUCUGUUUUAAACUGGAGUACCUGCUGCAAUUUGACCAGAAAGAGAGGACCACAUUUCUGGGCAGCAGGAAAGACUACUGGGAUUAUUUCUGUGACUGCUUGGCCAAGAUUAAAGGAGCUAAUGACGGCAUUCGCUUUGUCAAAUCAAUCCCUGAGCUGAAGACUUCGUUAGGGAAAGGACGGGCUUUCAUCCGUUACUGUCUGGUGCAUCAAAGGCUUGCAGACACUCUUCAGCAAUGUCUCAUAAACCUCAAAAUCACAAGUGAGUGGUAUUAUGAACGCAGUCCAUUCCUGAAGUCCCAUCUGAAUAUUGAUAUCAUCAACCACCUGUAUGAACUCAAUGAGGUUCAGUUUGAUGUAGCAUCCCGAGGUUACGACCUGGACUCUCAGUGGCCCACGUUUGCAAGAAGGACUCUGGGAUCAGCUGUCUCGCCCCAUGUCUGGAAACCACCCAGUCGCUGCUCUAGUGUCAACAGUUUGGUCAGCAGUUACACACAGCAAGUUCAGGACAUCCUUCCUGGCCAAGAUUUUGGUUCCAGUCUUCUAGGUGAUCUAGGAGAGCUAGGCGAGCUGACAUGUAGCACUUCCGAGGACCUGCGUAUUGAGCUUGACCAAUCAGAGUUAAAACAACAACAGCUCCAGGAGAAAAUCCAACAGCUCACCGAUGAAGCAGCUGAUCUAAGGGCUGUUGUCAAAGACCUGCAGGAACAGCUCUUGGCUAAAGGUCCCGAACAAGAGAAAGGAGGAGAACAGCAGCAGGAGGUGGUGAAAGCUGUCAGAGAGUGCACUGACCGCCUCAGUACCACCACACAGGGGCUGGUGGCUCUUAGCACUUCAGAACGCAACCUCGAAGCCAAGCUGAGUGUUGCAGAGAACCGGAAUAUGGAGCUGCUGGCAAAACUUGAUGGAGCUUUAAGUGAAAAAGGACAGCAGGCUGCAAACUACUGUGAUUCAGCUUGGAAGAUCCAAGAACUGCUGACCAAGCUUAAGGAGGCAGAGGAGGAAAGGAUUGAGGCUAAGCGAGAAGGAGAAGACAGGGCUAGAAUUGCUGAGAGACUUGCUCAGGAGCUGAGGCUUCAGGAGGGGAAAAUUAAAGAGAUGGAGGGCAAUCUAGACAAGUGUAGAAUCUCAGCUGAUAAAGAACGAACAACUUCGGUGCAACAGGCUGAUGAGCUGCAGAUGACCAUCAACCGCCUACAGGGAGCGUUAUCUCUGAAAGAAAGAGAAACAGGAAAUCUACGGACUCAGCUUCAGGAUGUGCAGAAAGCACUGGAGGCCCAGGACGGUCAAAUGGAGGAGCACAUGAAAAAGAUCCAAGAGGAGAUGCAAUGUAAAAGUGUACUUGAAGAGCAGCUGAAUGCAAAGAUGAAUGAGUUGUCUGUUAGUACCCAAAGGAUCCGGCAACUGGAGAACCACAACCAGCAGUUGAUUGUGGAGAGUCAGAGCUUCCAAGCACAAGCCAAAAAACUGGAAGAGUAUAAGAACCAGUGCACAAGUCUAAUGGAGAUCAAUGCCAAGCUGAUCCAGACUGUGAAAAGAAACGAGGAGAGCUACAAGGAGUUGGCACAAAUCAAGACCUCUCUAGAGAAAGAACUGAAAGCCUCACAGGCAUUAGAAGGUCAACUGAAAACCAGACUUGAGUCAGCUGGACUGACAUUGGAGAACCAAAAUCUUGAGGAGUGCAUAGAGAAUGGCCAGAUGGACAAUGAAGAAGAUGUGUUGGAAAAACUCAAUAAGAGUACUACAGUCCCACAGGAGAACAAGAGGACAACUUCUGAACUCUUACAAGAAGCCAAUGAAUGUUCAAAGACUGAUCAUGUAGAAUCUACUUCCAGGUUGGCUCUGGCUGAGGCCCAACUUGAACUCAACAUGAAGGAGGUUUCCAGACUUCAGGAUGAGGUCCUGGAGCUCCGGGCACAGCUAUUGGUGAUCUCAGAGGAGAGGAUGAAGAUCCAGGCUCUGCAGGAAGUGACCGAAGCCUCCAGAGAAGAUCUCCGGGCUCAGACUGAGCAACUGAAAUCCCAAGUGGAGGAGUUAAACAGGAGGCAUGUUGAGGAGCUGCUACGUUGCCAUGAAAGAGAGGAGACUUUGGGAAAAGAGAGAGAUAUGGAGGCCAAGAUGCGUGCCGAAAUUCAAACAAGCAUGACUUCAAUGAAGGAAGAGUGUCAUGCUUUAAAGAAGCACAACAGCACACUUGCACUUGAGAAUGGAGAGGCUCAUGAAGCCUUGCACAGGGCCAACACGGAGACGGCAGAGCUUGGGGUUCAUGUUUGUAUGCUAACAGGGCAGAAUGAGGAAGCUAAGCUACGAUGGGAGGAACUAUCAAGCAAACUGCAGGAGCUGCAGAUGGAGUCGCAGGAAGAGGUUAAAACUCUAAGUAAUUCGAUAGAAAGCUUGAGGAAAGAUAACGCAGGUCUCAAAGAGCAGGUAAAGCAGAUGGAAGGACUCCAAGAAGCCUUGCAGAAGUUGCAGGAGAAACUGGAACAGGCAGAGGAUGAAGCCAGAAGUCUCCAGGAGAUCCGGCAGAGGGAAGUGGACACACUAAGGUCACAGUUGAGCGAUGAGGCCACACACCAUCAAAGUCAAGUCCAGGGUAUGAAUGAGGAUAUGGAUGCACUGAGGAAAAGGCUGGACAAUGAAGUUGAAAAAGUUUCAAGUCUUGAGACCAAAGUAUUGGAGCUUGAGUCUCUCAACAGCGAACACAGUCAGAUGAUCGAAAAGAACACUGCUCUCAUUGGUGACUCAGAAACCAUAAUUUAUCAGAAAGAGGAACAGAUUAAAAACCUCAGCAUGGACUUGUCGAGGGCCGAGAAGGAACUGGCUCUUGCUCAGCAGUCCUGUCAAGAACUUUGUGUGAAUUUAAGCAGAAGUGCAAUGGAGAAGCAAGCCGUUGAACUAAAGAUGUCUGCUGAACUAGAUGACCUUUACCGUACCAAAAAAAACCUGGAGGAGAGGCUCAUUGAGCUCAUAAGGGAGAAAGAUGCGUUGUGGCAGAAGUCUGAUGCACUGGAGUUUGAGCAGAAACGAAGAGCUGAGGAGCAGACAGACAGAGACGUCACACACUGCCAGAGCUGCAAGAGCCAGUUCAGCUGGAUGAUGCGCAGAUACAACUGCAGGUUUUGUGGGCGUCCGUUUUGCUACAACUGCUGCAGUUUUGGUGGUAAGGAUCGCUGUUGUAAGAGCUGCUUCACUCACAGUGAGCGACACCAACAGGUGGAUCAGGGCAGUCCUUCACGCUCAACCUACAGCCCGAUAUCAAGCCCUAAUCAAACCAGCACUCCAGGAGUCCCAUGGAUACUAAAGUCCCCUCGACCCGACGACAUGGCGUAUGACAUCAUCACAGAAGAUGAAGUGAACCGCGUUCAUGACAGCGACUCGUCAUCCUACACCACUGCGCUUUCACCAGAGACACAACAGCUAAGCAGCAGUGAUGUCACCAGCACAGAAGAUUCAGACGAGCUGAUUGGCUCUGUUCAGGAUGCAGAGAUCUGCCUGCUGAAAUCUGGAGAAAGGACGCUGUCUGUGCCAUUCAGUGUGGAUGACGUGAUGCAAUUUGGCAGUAAAUCCAGAGAGCUGUUCAUCAAGUCCAGCUGUUACAGUGUAAUUCUCAUAAGCGCUGCACAUCCGGGCCCUUCAAUCGGCUGGACCUUCUCCUCUGAACCCAAGAGCAUCGCCUUCAGCGUGGUCUACAGAGAGACCACAGAUACGCCUCUAGAACAGGCCAAGGUUCUGAUUCCUCUGACCAGAUGUAGAUCUCACAAGGAAACAAUUCAGGGUCAGCUAAAGGUCAGAAACCCUGGACAAUACACACUUAUCUUCGACAACUCCUUCUCCAGGUUUGUCUCGAAGAAGGUCCAGUACAAGCUGAGCAUAGAGAUGCCAGAGGUCUGCAACGGAAGUGACUGCUCUUCAUAGGAAAACAAGUCACACACAUACUCGCACUUCUGUCUUUACCAGGUCACAGGACUGCUGGUCCAGGGUUACGGCUGCUUAUAAGCCAAAUAUGCAAUGCUGCUUUCAGUGAAUAGUGUGGUGAAUCUCACUAAAUCUGAACAGAUCUGGGUCCCAGAAUCAAAUUAAAUAAGUGAUACUUUAUUAUGCAUUAAUAUAUAAAACAAAUUAUUUUAAUAAAAUGUUUUUUAAUUGUAUUGCAUUAAAUAAAUUGCGCAAUAUUAAGGAACAGAGCUGCACGAAUCUGGCUGAAAUGAGAAUCACAAUUUUGUUCGCUUGAAAUAAAGAUCAUGAUUUUUUAGAUGUAAAAUAAAGGUUAUGAGUAGGCAAUUAUUAUUGUUAUUUCUCAAACAUAUGGUAAAUCAGUAAUAAUAUUAGGCCUAUGUGUAGGUCUACUGUUGGUUAAAAUGCUAAAUUCUGUAAAGACUGAAUGGUGGACUUAAAUAGACUUUGAAUUUAUCCUGGUCAUUAAUACACAUUAAAGUGAUGACAUUAGAAUACAACUAUUCAUAAUUCUGAAAUUGAAUUCUUAUGUUUGAAACAUACGCUUGCAAUAUGUCAUUGAGCACAUUAAUAGACCUUUUCACUGAUAAAAUGAGACAUUUGUCAUUAUCAGAUUCACUCUUGCAUUAUAUUCAUCAUUAUAUUUAGAGUAGUUACACUGACACUGUUACACUGUUAAACUGACAAUGUUUAUUUUCAUGCACAACUCUCUGUGUUCGCUAUGAAAGAAAAACAUAUCAAAUGCUUGUCAUAAUCAUAACUCUAAAAUGCGAUAAUGUCAUUUAAAUGAUGCGCAUGCUUUUGGUCUCACUUUCACUGCUGAGUGUGGAUCAUGUCAUGGCUGCCUUCACUUUUAGAAAGAAAAAAAAAAACAUACAUGCAAAUCAUACUUUCCGCAUGGCUCCCAAACGAUCGCUCUAUGCAACAAACUGAACAUCAUUUAAUUUUUGUUUAUUUUAUCGGGGCUGUGAAUACACUACAUUACAUUUAGACAGAAAAGACAGUAUGCUGACUAUUUCAACACCAUUUGGAACUAAACGAUCAGUCAGAGCGAGAAACUGAACAUUAUUUACAACAUCAUUACUUUUAAUCCUCCGUCUCAACUUUAUAUGAUCUCAGUAUUGUCUUUGUAACGAAAAUAGUUGGAUGAACUAUCCCUUUAAAACAGAAGUGCCCAAAAUCUGUCCUGGAGGGCCAGUGUCCUGCAGACUUUAGCUCUAACUUGCUUCAACACACCUGCCUGGAAGUUUCUAGUGUGCUAGUUAGAGCUUUCAGUUGUAUUUGAUUAGGGUUGGAGCUAAACUCUCUAGGACACCGGCCCUCUAGGACCCAGUUUGGGCACCCCUGCUUUAAAAUAUUGUCCUGUUACUCUAAUGUAAAAAAUAAUAAUAAUUACUUUAAAUACCAAAUAAUCUAAACAUCAUGCUUGUAUUUAUUGUAGCACAUUUAUUUAAUACUAAAUACAUUUUUAAAAAUAAAUGAUCAAAUUUAGGCAAGAAAAGUGCAUAUUUUAUAAUUCACAUCUAAAUACACACAUUUUUAAUAAUCCAAAGCUUCAUUUAUCCAUGCUAAUUUGAUUUUGGGAUAUAAUAUGACCAGGACAGGUCGUGAGAUUCACACCGUGUGUAAUUCCAAAGCCACAUUCCUCCUUUUUAGUGAUUCAUGAAUGAUUUUAACAUACUCUUGAAAAAAUCUAUAAUAAUACCAAGCAUAUGCAUUAAUAAAACUGAAAGGGAAUAGAUGGCUGAAAACUCUGAAAUGAAACUGAGAGAGCUGUGUGGUUACUAGUUAAAAUAGCGGUUUUGAUAGCAGAUAAUGCACUACGCCAGAGCUUUAUUACUGUUUACUGGUUAUUGAUGAAUUUAGUGAAUGUAGAUUUGGAAAUGCUUAAAUGAUAUCAGGUUACUCACAUACAGGGACGUCAGACUGUUUUCUUUAACAUUUUUUAUAUAUAACAUCUGUCUUAUAAAUAGAAGAAUAUGCUAAAAUGCAAUUUCAGUUUUUAACCUUUCAGUCUACACUACCUGAAGUCUUGUCGUUGAUCACAGUGGUAAGAGCAACAAAUAAUAGCUUGACUUCUAGUUGAUCUUUUGUAAAAGUGGCAGAAGGUAGAUUUUUCUGAUGAAUCAUCUGUUGAACUGCAUCCCAAUCAUCACAAAUACUGCAGAAGACUUAUUGGAACCUGCAUGGACCCAAGAUUCACAUAGAAAUCAGUCAAGUUUAGUUUAGGAAAAAAUCAUGGUUUGGGGUUACAUUCAGUAUGGGGGUGUGAGAGAGAUCUGCAGAGUGGAUGGCAACAUCAACAGCCUGAGGUAUCAAGACAUUUGUACUGCCCAUUACAUUACAAACCACAGGAGAGGGCAAACUCUUCAGCAGGAUAGCGCUCCUUCUCAUACUUCAGCCUCCACAUCAAAGUUCCUGAAAGCAAAGAAGUUCAAGGUGCUCUGGGAUUGUCCAGCCCAGUCACCAGACAUGAACAUUAUUGAGCAUGUCUGGGGUAAGAUGGAGGAGGCAUUGAAGAUGAAUCCAAAGAAUCUUGAUGAACUCUUGGAGUCUUGCAAGAAUGCUUUCUUUGCCAUUCCAGAUGACUUUAUUAAUAAGUUAUUUGAGUCAUUGCAGAGACGUAUGGAUGCAGUCCUCCAAGCUUAAGAGAGUCAUACACAAUAUUCAUUCUUUCUCCACUGCAGCAUGACUUUAUAUUCUAUACUGUACAUUAUUUCUGUUAGGUGACAAGACUUUUGUCUAAGCAAAGUCAGACCUUACUGUCCUAAUUAAACAAAUUAAAAAUCAAGCAUGAUCAUAUUUUAUUUUGGAAAAAUAAGCAUAAUCUAGAGGCCUUUGCCUUUCAUAAAAGCCACUUCUGAUACCAAAUGAUCAACUAGAAGUCGAGUUAUUAUUUGUUGCUCUUAAAACUUGUUUAGGCAACAAGACUUUUGUCAGGUAGUGUAAUCUAAUAUAAUAAAUAAUCUAAAUAUAAUAUAUUUUCUUGGGAAAUUGCAUAGUGCAUAUUUAAUCUUUUGGGCAUCAGGGUUUGAAAGCUUUAUAAGUCAGCUGUAUGACUUUUUUUUUAACAUAAAAUCUGUAUUCUGAAAGCAUGAGCACAUGGUAAUAAGAAGAAACUCCAUUUCCUCUUAAAAAGAAAAAAUGCAUUUUCAUUCAGCUGAUGCUAGGAAAAAAUGUUUUAUGAGCAAUAACUCGCUGACUGUUUUCUAGCAUGAUUGAGGCUUUCUGUCAGUCACACUGUGCAAUAACAGAAAACUCCAGCUUGCAGAAUGGAGACAUAUUAUAUAGUUAAUGACACUUUUUUUUUUAAAUCUCUACAUUUUUGAUAAUGAGCACUGACUCUUCACUGUUGCACUUUUUUGCGAGUGUGUUGACGGCGUUUGAUCAGAGAACUGUAAGCAUAGCGGAGUGACUAGCAGACAUUUUUUUAUAUGUAGUUACUGUAUGGAGCGGAGAUGUUACAGUAGUAGUAUACUGUAUUAUAGCUGGAUUGAACUGAAGGUGUUGAAUUAAAACUGCCUAAUGGGGUGACUUUA